AUGGAUAAUUCAAAGGAAAACUUGAUUCUCCAAUAAUAGUCAUCCAUUCCUUCCUUCUUAACUAAAACCUAUGAUAUCUUAGAGGUACAAUGUUGCUCUAAUAUAUAGAAUUCCAAUUAUUCUGAUAUCAUUUAAUGGAACGAAGAAGGCUAAGCUUUUAUUAUAAAAAAACCUUAUGAGUUUGCUAAGAAAAUACUACCCAAGUAUUUUAAGCACAAUAAUUAUACUUCGUUUAUUAGAUAAUUGAACAUAUAUGAUUUUCAUAAGAUUAAAAAUGAACUUGGAAAACAUGUAUUUAGACACAAUUUUUUUUAAAAAGAAAAGAAACAUUUAUUGUGUGAAAUAAAAAGAAAAUCUAUAGAAUAACAAGAACAGUUGGAAGAAAAUAACUAAAAUUAAACCAAUAAUUCAUAACUGAGCAUGUCCAAAUUAAAAAAUGACUAUCAAUAAUUUCAUAAUGAAAUCCUGAGGGUUAAAGCUCAAUAACAAGUGUUUUAACAAACAAUUGCUAAAUUUAUGACCUAAAAUGAUUAUUUAAUCAAUCAGAACUCCUUAUUAUGGCAAGAAAUUUACAAAAUUCGAGAUAUUGAUGAUAAAAAGAUUGAGAACUUCUCAUAUCUAUUGACUACAUUAAUUGUUACUAUUAAUUAGUACUCACAAAGUUCAUUACUCCCAAGUCAAUAGUCUUCUUAUUAUCAGACUUCAUCUUCUGAUAUCAGUAUAUCACAAUAGAAUUAUUAAAGCAAUUAUUUAGAUCAAUCUAUUAGUCUAUCACAGUAAUCAAAUUAAAGACUAAUGCAACAAACAGGUUUAAGAUAACCGCAAUUAUUAUUUUCUAACAAAUAAGAUAUCUCAAUAUUUGAUUAAGGGUUUACUAAAAAGAAUUAAAAUUCAGUUAAAUUUGAUGCCUACUCAAAUGGUUUAGCUUUUUAUUAAAAAUUAAUGGACUUAUAGUAGUAGUAAAAAUUACAAGAAAUGUAGGAAGGCCAAAACAAGUUCUUAAUGAAAUAAAGAAAAUGA